AUUCUGGAUCAUUCUGUUAUCUGUAACUACUUUACCAACAUUAGUUAGCUAUCAAUACACGACUCUCUCUAUUUCCCUUCCAAUUCCCUCUUUUCCUCCUUUCGCCAGAUUCCGCCAUAGACGAUCCUUACAAGUGGUAUCAGAACCUGCAAUCUGGCAAUGGCUUCUCACACUUCGCGUAUUGUCGAUUUGGAGACGCAGAUGGCGUCUGUUCAGCUUCAAUUGGAGUCACAGCAUCAGGACCUGAAGGCCGCCAUUGCGGAGCUGGCUGCUUCGACGAAGGAUAGCAUUGAAGCCUUGACGGCGUCCUUCGGCCGCAAUCGCGAAAAGUCUCCGAUUAGAUCUCCGCCGCACUCCCAAGCUCCGUUCGCCGAUCAGCAGCACUUUCGGCAUCCACAGCGUCGGCCGUCGAUUUUGGAUCAUUACCCUCGCCUGGAGUUCUCGUAUUUCUCGGGGACAGAUCCUCAUGUGUGGGUGAGCAAAUGUACCAAGCUUUUUCAUCUCUAUGCGAUUCCGGAGGAGCAGAAGGUCGAUCUGGUCUCGUAUUACUUGGAAGGACGGGCAUAUACAUGGUUUGAAGGCUGGUCUUUUCGCCGGUUUCCGUUGGUGUGGGGUCAUUUCGUCGACGAGCUUCUUCAUCGGUUUGGGAAUCGGGAGCAGCUGAAUGUGGUGGCGGCGUUCAAUAAACUUCGCCAGACGUCCUCCGUCGGCCGUUAUCAGGAGGAGUUCGAGGAUCUCCGUUCCCGGUUGCUCCGAUUGAAUCCCGAACUCAACGAACACUACUUUAUCUUGAGUUUUUUGGGAGGUUUGGAUGAGGAGAUCCAACCUCGUGUUCAGCUGCUGAAUCCGCCGACCUUGGCGUGUGCUUUCUACCAAGCACGAUUGGAAGAAUCUGCCAUUGACGCUCGGAAGAAGAAGACGCGCGCGGCACCUCCCGGUCGUUGGACAGCUUCUCCUUCGUCCUCUUCGGGCAGUCCUUUCCAGCGUGAAGCCUCCCUUCCUUCUCCGUCGUCAGUUGACCGGAGCCCUGUUCCGCGUGGGCAGGGUCUUUGCUACAAAUGUGGAGAUAAGUAUUUUCAUGGCCAUACCUGUGCUCGCAAGAAGCAGCUUCAGAUGAUGCAAGCCGAGGCGCCGUCCCUGACCAGUGAAGAAGGGGAGAUCGACGAGGAUUUCCAAGACGCUGAGCUCGAAGUCUCGUUACAAUCCAUGGGGUCUGGUUUUGCAGGCAAUUCUCUGCUUAUUCCAGCCACAUCUGGCAGGCGUGAGGUAACUGUUCUCAUCGACACUGGAAGCUCCCAUACCUUCCUUAAUUCAUCUAAGGUUGUCGAACUUAGUUGUAAGCCAGAGCACAUAGCUCCUAUGAGGGUAAAGGUAGCGAGUGGACAUACUUUGCUUAGUGAUUCUGUGUGUAAGGGUUUUUGCUGGAAAAUGCAAGGUCAGGACUUUGCUUUUGAUGUCAGAACCUUAGACCUCCCUGCUCAUGAUCUGGUGUUAGGCUGGGACUGGCUAGAAACCAUCAGUCCCUUCCAAGUAGACUUGAAGAAGAGGCAACUAUCAUUUGAUUGGCAUGGACGGAAUCUGACUCUCCAAGGAUUGACUAAUGAAGGUCACUGCAAGCUGAUUUCUGGACGCAAUUUGCAGCAGUUGAUUAGGAAGCCCGAUUCUCAUAUACUGGGGGCAGUGUUUUCCAUAGAAGCUCACACUCCUCCUGCCCCUACUCCUACCUUCCUCCAACCCCUCCUCUCUCAAUAUUCAGACAUUUUUGACACUCCUACGUCACUGCCACCCUCUCGUCCUUUUGAUCACUCCAUUCCUUUACUUCCUAACACCAAACCCAUCAACAUCCGCCCUUACCGCUUUCCCCAUCAUCAAAAAGAGGUGGCUGAGAAGUUAGUUGCUGAAAUGCUUAAGUCAGAGUUCAUCCAAGGAAGUCAUAGUCCAUAUGCUUCACCCGUGCUUCUUAUUGGGAAAAAGGAUGGGACAUGGAGGUUUUGUGUGGAUUACAGGGAAUUAAAUGCAGCAACGAUAAAAGACAAGUUUCCAAUCCCUCAUAUUGAAGACCUACUGGAUGAGCUGCAGGGGGCUGUGUUGUUUUCUAAGCUGGAUCUUCGAGCAGGUUACCAUCAGGUGCGGAUGCACCCUGCUGACCAGUUCAAGACAGCUUUUCGAACACACCAAGGCCAUUACGAGUUUAGAGUUAUGCCCUUUGGGUUGACUAACGCACCUGCCACCUUUCAAGCUUUGAUGAAUCAUGUUUUCGGGCCAUAUCUGCGGAAGUUCAUCUUAGUUUUUUUCGAUGAUAUCUUGAUAUACAGCAAGUCAGAGUCAGAACAUUUGGUUCACCUCGAGAUUGCUUUACAGCUUCUCCGCAAACAUCACUUGUUUGCCAAGGCUUCCAAGUGCUCGUUCGGGCAGCCUACUGUUGAGUACUUGGGACACGUUAUUAGUAAAGAGGGGGUUUCCACUGAUAGUAACAAAGUGGCAGCAAUGCAGUCUUGGCCUCGACCCACUUCAGUGAAGGGUUUGAGAGGUUUCUUGGGACUUACUGGCUAUUAUCGGAAGUUUAUUAAACACUAUGGCACCAUCAGUCGUCCACUUACCGAGUUGUUAAAGAAAAAUGGUUUUCUUUGGUCCUCAACAGCUGAAGAAGCCUUCUUAACCCUCAAGGCAGCUAUGAGCCAAGCCCCAGUUCUCGGUCUUCCUAACUUUACACAGUCCUUCACUCUGGAAACUGAUGCCAGUGGUUCGGGUGUGGGGGCUGUUCUUUCCCAAGGGGGCAGACCUCUUGCAUUCUUCAGCAAGGCCCUUAGUCUCAGGAAUCAAGGGCUCAGUACUUACGAAAAAGAAUAUUUGGCUGUCUUGUUAGCUGUGGACCAUUGGCGACAUUACUUAGAAGGGCGCCAGUUUACAAUUGUUACAGAUCAUGAGAGCUUGAAGUUCUUAUUGGGGCAGAAAGUUCAUACAGCUAUUCAGAAAAAAGGCUUGGUUAAGCUGUUGGGUCUGGAUUUUCAGAUCAAGUACAGGAAGGGUAGAUACAAUGGGGCUGCGGAUGCCCUCUCACGCGUGUUUGAUGACCAGCUUGAAGGCAGUUCUUGCAAUGCUUUGACUUCUGUUCUACCAGAGUGGUUGGUGGAGAUUGAGCAGUCCUAUGCUCAAGACGCCGAGGUGACGGAUUGGAUAGCAGCUGCAGCAGUAAACACAACAGGGCCUUCUUUGUGGUCUUACUCGGAGGGUAUACUUCGUUAUAGGGGUGCCAUAGUGGUGGGUUCGACAGGGUACUUGCGCACUAAGCUCCUUCAGCUCUUCCAUUCUUCCCCUGUGGGUGGUCAUUCAGGGGCACAGGGUACUUACCAGCGCCUCAAAUCGUGCUUUUAUUGGCGAGGGAUGAAAACAGCUGUCACUCAAUGGGUUUCACAGUGUGCAGUCUGUCAACGUUGUAAAGCGGAGACAGUGGCAUCCCCUGGGUUUCUCCAGCCACUUCCCAUUCCUACUCGUGCUUGGAAAGACAUUAGCAUGGACUUUGUUGAAGGUCUUCCCAUGUCCAAAGGCAAGCAGGUACUCUUGGUAGUGGUGGACAGAUUUACGAAGUCAGCUCAUUUCUUUGCUCUCUCUCAUCCAUACACAGCGGCAGAAGUGGCUCUUACCUUCUUCGAUGGUGUUUUCAGACUCCAUGGCAUGCCUUCUACGAUUGUAUGCGACCGCGAUUCCACUUUUACUAGCAUGUUUUGGACCGAGUUUUUCCGCCUUCAGCAUACAGACAUUCAUUACUCCACAGCGUACCACCCCCAAACUGAUGGACAGACAGAAAGGGUUAAUCGCUGUUUGGAGGACUAUCUCCGCUGCAUGACUUUCCAUCGCCCUCAGGAUUGGGUGGACUGGUUGACUUUGGCAGAAUGGUGCUACAACACCCACUUCCACAUCAGUCUGCAGAUGUCUCCCUUCGAGGCUCUUUACGGGUUUCCUCCUUCUUUCUUUGGUUUGGGAGCUGUUUUACCAACACCGGUGGGAGCCGUGGAAGACAGAGUCAGCAAGCAGCAUCUGAUGACUCAACUGCUCACCUACAACAUCACGAAAGCCCAGAACAGGCAGAAGCAGUACGCUGAUCGGCGGAGGUCUGAACGAGUACUUCAGGUGGGAGAUUGGGCAUAUCUGCGUUUGCAACCUUACCGACAGGGCUCAGUGGUGGGGAGACAAGGAAACAAGUUGGAUGCGAGGUAUUUUGGACCGUAUAAGGUGCUUGCGAAGAUUGGUGCAGUGGCCUACAAAUUAUCUUUGCCUGCUGCCUCGAAGAUUCACCCUGUAUUCCACGUGUCCCAGCUCAAGCUUUGUCGGACUGUGGUUCCACCAGCAGCGACGCAGCUUCCUGAUGCUGAUCAAAACGGGUCCUUGAAGUUGGCACCGACUCAAAUACUGGCCAGGCGUUUCAUACAACAAGACAAUCAAGCUGUAACCCAGGUAUUAGUCCACUGGACUCACCAACUGCCCGAAGAUGCAACUUGGGAAGAUUUGGGCAGCUUCAGACAGAGUUUUCCUGCGUUUCCAGCUUGAGGACAAGCUGCUCUUGAAGGGAAGGGGUUUGUAACAACCCAGAAGAGCUGACAGAUGACGUAGAGACGAGUGACGUGGAAAGGGAUCAAGCAUAUAAAUAGAAGAAGUCAAUUGUGUUUAGGCAUUCUGGAUCAUUCUGUUAUCUGUAACUACUUUACCAACAUUAGUUAGCUAUCAAUACACGACUCUCUCUAUUUCCCUUCCAAUUCCCUCUUUUCCUCCUUUCGCCAGAUUCCGCCAUAGACGAUCCUUACAGUACCAGCUGCCGAGCAGGGAAGGGAUGGAGACGGUGGAAUCGGCUAAUUGCUUUGAACGCAUAAGAGGAGAUCCAUCGGGUUUUGAAGGUGGCGGCGGUGGUGGUGAAAAGGGCGAGGAGGGCCGGAAACAACCAGAGCGGCGGGCUUUCUUUGGGAGAAUAAACUAGGGUUAGAAAGAAGAAAUGAUUUUUCUUUUUUCCUUUUUACUUUUGUGUGUGGGGUAAAAUAGAUAAAAAGAGAAUGAAAGAAGAUAAUAAUAAUAAUAAUAAUAAUAAUAAUAAUAAUAAUAAUAAUAAUGUAAUUUUUAC